UUUUUUUUAAUAAAGUGUUUUAUAGUCGUCAGUUGAGUGAAAUCGAGUUCAUUUUGUCAGAAUGUCAACCCUGUUGUUCUGGCAGGGCAAGGGCAAGGCGAACGGCGCUCCCAACGGCAGGAAUUGGAUCCAUGCGCCGGACACCCUUGUCAAGGGCCAUGUGGCGUAUUUAGUUAAGUUCUUAGGCUGCACACAAGUCGACCAGCCGAAGGGCAUCGAGGUGGUGAAGGACGCGAUCAAAAAGCUACAAUUUACACAACAGCUUAAGAAGUCGGAGGCCAAGGAUGCAGCGAAGUGUAAAAAAGUUGAAAUUACCGUCUCCGUCGAUGGUGUUGCCAUUCAGGAGCCGAGAUCUAACAACGUUCUCUACCAGUUUCCACUCCACAGGAUAUCCUACUGCGCGGAUGAUAAAGGGGCCAAAAAAUAUUUCUCUUUUAUAGCUAAAGGUGGCAGCGUUGACGCCAACUCUCAGCACGGAGUCAACGAUGAAGAUGACUCUGCUGAUAAACACGAAUGCUUCGUGUUCAUAUCAACGAAAUUAGCAUCAGAAAUUACCCUAACUAUCGGUCAGGCAUUCGAUCUCGCUUAUAGGCGGUUUUUGAACGACAAUGGAAAAUACAUAGAGAUGCAAAAACUGACCUUACAGAACAAGAGACUCGAAUUACAAAUGAAAGCGUACAAGAAACGCUUACAGGAGUUAUCAAAAAUAACGUACAAAGAAGACCUGUCAGCUUAUCUCGCCCGCAACAAUCUAACGAACAUCGCAGAGUUCAAACUACCCCCGGAGCUAGAAGAUAAACUAUCAACCCUUACCGUUGCAAACGGGUUCUCGUUGAACGGAACUACGGGUGUUGACUAUUGUAAGGAAAAAUUAUUACUGCCGCCGCCGGCCGCCGAGCGCGACCUGCUGCUGGCCACGCCGCCGCCCGCGCACAACGGCCGCGGCAAACUCCUCGGCGACACGUCAUCUGGAAAGAAUCCAGUCGUCGGUACAAAGUUGGAGGGUCUUCUAUUAAAUUCAGACUCGGACAGCGACUUCGACCCGCGUGCCUUUGAGUCUGAACCUGUGACCCGCUUCACAUCUCCCGUCGCAGAGACCACCGCCACACCUACGCCGCCUCUCUUGGCUCCACCACCAAAAGCGUCGAAACGUCAGUCCCAACAACAACAGCCACAACAACAGCAGCAACAACAGCAACAACAACAACAGCAACCACAACAAACGCAACAAACACUAAUGCCACCGCUAAACAACGACAUAUUCGGCUCAACGCCAUUUUCCGUACCUGUGACGUCACCGUUCGCUCCAACCACUAAGCCAAACUACGACAUAGGCGACUUUAACCUUCAAACGUCAGUUUUUAAUUCCACCACUUCGUUUACUAACGGCCUGACGGGCUACGAUCCGUUCGAGACGCAGAAACAGGGAAAUAUCUUCGGUAAUAAUUAUGGCAACACUUUCAACGGUUUUGGGAAUUUGAGUGAGAAGCAAACCGUGGAGCUGGACAGCAGCUUUAACGGGUUCUUAGAUAAGACUAUUUCGGAGAUGAAGGAUGGAUUUAGCAGAGGGAUCACCUUUGGAAACGACGAUUUUUCAAUAGAUAACCUCGAUCCUCUUAAGAAGAAUUAAAAUACAUCGGAAUUAAAUUUAAUAAUAGUUAAUAUUAACAAUCCUUGUAUUGAUUCACACAAAUAUAAAUGUCAAGAAAAAUCUAGAAUGUGUUCUGAUAAGUCAGUCUGUGUAAGUCAUACUGAUAUAGGUCAACAUUUUAGGGGUAGUUCUUCUGAAAGUUUCAAUAUACUUUGUACCAAAAAAAUUACACGUGAUUAUUGGAUAUGGGGGAAGGGGUUGAAAAGUUACAAAAAGAAAACCACGUGAUUAAUGACUGACCACUCGAGUCCACAAACAAAGUCACUGUUACCAGUACAAUUUACAGUAAUACUGGCCAGUACAUUUCGGAAUACAGCCUUGUGUGAGUCAAAUCGAUGAUUAAAAAAAAUGUUGCCAUUACAUUGGUUACAAAAUACGUGAUAAUAGGUAGUAUUCACGUUUUUCCCUAUUUUUAUAUAGAAGUUUUUUUUAAUAUUUAAUGAAUCUCCGAUUUAACAAUAACUGUAAUUUUUUGUAGAAAAAAUCAACAGUGAUAUUUUAUAGCUUCACGAUAAUCUGCUCAAUGUCAUUCCGAAAGUGCCUUAAGCUUUUUUAAAAAAUAAUAAUAACCAUAAUAAUAUAAGGCAAAUAAAGAAUUAAAAUUUGAAGAACGCCUCAAAUUCUGUGAUAAUUCUUUUAAAAUUGAGGCACUUCAAAAUUAAUUACAAUUGAACGAUAUAAAUAAAAAUGUCAAAAUAUAAUAAAACUGCGAAAUAAUAUUUUCCUAUCGAUAUUUUUGUCGGAUCCCUAAUAUAAAAAUUGGCCAAUAUAUCAAGCAACUAGUUGACACAUCUGACAACACCUGAAUCAACAGUUGACUAAACUGUAGCCGAUAAAAAUAGUCUGUGGGAAGACUUACUAAAUAUAACAUAAUAUAGUAAGUAUAGCCUUUUUCGAUCGAAUUUAUAAAAAGAGGACAUACAUUUUUCAUAAAAGUUUCUAGAAAAGAUAUACAUAUAAUAAAGAUUUUUUUCUUUUAUUUAAAA